AUGAAGUCACCUAUCCCAGACUAUCUCAACCGGGUCCUGGAAAAUGCCCGCCCUAUCGAGACAGGCAAGCCGGCUAGCUACAUCGAGACCCUGGCCAAAGCCGACACUUCCAAAAUAGCGGUGGCCCUUGCUAUGGUCGACGGGCAAAUCUACUCAACCGGAGAUGACGAUGUCGAGUUCUCCAUUCAGUCCAUCUCAAAGGCUUUUGUCUACGCGCUCGCGAUUGAGGAUGCGGGACUGGACAUGGUCCUAGAGAAGAUCGGCGUGGAGCCCUCGGGAGAUGCCUUCAAUUCUCUGAGUCUAGAACGUGGAACGAACAGACCCAUGAACCCCAUGAUCAAUGCGGGAGCCAUCACGGCGCACUCUCUCAUUGGAGGUCCUGACUGGACUUCUGAUCAAAGAACAGAGCGCAUCCUCGAAGCUUUGUCCAAGUUGGCAGGUCGAAGGCUGCACGUCUGCGAAGAGGUGUACCAGGCUGAGCUGAGAGGCGCUGAUCGCAACAUGGGAAUUGGCUACAUGCUCAAAGCGGCCGGUAUUAUCACUGGCGAUACUCAGCAGAUUGUGCAAGGAUACAUCCGCCAGUGCGCCAUCAAUGUCAAUGUUCGCGAUUUGGCAAUGAUGGCAGCGGUUCUUUGCAACGCAGGUAUCCACCCCGAGACCGGAGACAGGAUAAUUGCUCAGGACAGUGUUCGCCAAAUUCUGUCCGUCAUGGCAACUUGCGGUAUGUAUGACGCUGCAGGUGACUGGAUGUCAAGGAUCGGUAUACCAGCAAAGAGUGGUGUUGCAGGUGGUAUCAUCGGCGCUUUGCCUGGUCAGAUGGGCAUUGCUGUCCUGUCUCCCAAGCUCGACUCCCGGGGAAACAGUGUCCGAGGAGUUGCGAUAUGCGAGCAGCUCUCGAGAGACAUGGGGCUACACAUGAUGGAUGUCAGCCAGAUUGCCCAGGCGACUGUGCGCACAUCCUUAGCAACCAUUGUCGCAGGGGAAAACGAGCCUCAUCACCAAAACUGCAACAAGGAGGUGAUAAUCUUCAGUCUACGAGGUGUUGUACGUUUCGCGGGAUCAGAGCGACUCACCCGUGCCAUCACACGAGAGCUUGGAGACCCCGACCCAGAGGACCCCGGCUCUGGCAGUGCUCGAAAUGCAUGCGCUGUCGUCUUUUCCUUCCGCGAUGUUUUCUCAUUCAAUUCUGUCGCCCAGCAAAUCAUCCAGUCCGACGUUACCCGCUUGCUCAUGGACGGAAGACCUGUGGUUAUCAUCGAUCCUUCAGGGGUUUUGACAAUCGACACCGACCGCGCGGGAAACAAACUGAAGAUUGUAGAAACAGAGACGCAAGCAAGAGAUUUCAUCGGAGGAAUCGGAUGUCAGACAGUCACCAAGAGCGACGAAUGGUGA